AAUCGCAAUAUAUCCUCUCGUCUCGCGCAUCACCUCACCAGCACACCGUGCAUCGCCGUGUCCGCCCUCUUCCCGUCCACUCGUCGCGCCGCCUCGCCGCCGUUCCUCCCACCGUCGCCCCGGUGCGGUCGUCGCUGUACCGUUCCUGGAGACAAACCGGAGCAGGCUUGCGAUGGCGCGCGUGUACGUCGGCAACUUGGAUCCUGCUGUGACGGCCCGGGAGCUCGAGGACGAGUUCCGCGUGUUUGGGGUUCUCCGGAGUGUAUGGGUUGCAAGAAAGCCACCUGGUUUUGCUUUCAUUGAUUUUGAUGACAGGAGGGAUGCUGAGGAUGCAAUUCGUGAUAUGGAUGGCAAGAGUGGUUGGAGAGUUGAGCUGUCUCGUAGUGCCAGCAGUGGUCGUGGUGGUCGUGAUCGAUCUGGUGGCUCUGAGAUGAAGUGUUAUGAAUGUGGUGAGUCUGGGCACUUUGCUCGUGAAUGCCGCCUGAGGAUUGGAUCUGGGGGUCUAGGCAGUGGAAGGCGUCGCAGCCGUAGUCGGAGCCGCAGCCGCAGUCGUAGUCCUAGAUACCGCAGGAGUCCAAGCUAUAGCAGAAGAAGCUACAGCCCCCGAGGGCGCUCUCCAAGGCGUCGUAGUGUGUCACCGGCUCGUGGGCGCAGCAUCAGCAGGUCACCAGUCCGUGAACGUGAUGAAUCUCCUGUGUAUGGCAAUGGGUAUCGCCGCAGCAGGAGCUAGAGAGCUGAACCUGAUGUCUGGAGAGUUAUGUUACAUCAGUACCCGCCAGUUAUGAGCAGUGUCCUAUUUGAAAGAUUCUCCAUCGACUGCUUGACUUUGGUUAAGUCCCCCAUAACUUUUUCUGCCCUAAUAUGGUUGUGUUUGAUUUUGAUCUCUGGAGAAACUUAUGGAUGGGUGUAUUGUUUAACUAAGAUUAGCUGCCUUUCUUUUGUGUGUUAAGAAGGCAUCGUCCUGCACUGCACUGCACUGCUUAAACGACUCAGCCGGCUACGGCUUUCAGUUAUGUCUUCAUGGUUUUGCGCUUCA